CAUCAGCAGCUAGAUUGACUCUUUAUGGGUGUCUCCUUCCGUUUGGUAUGACAGAAAUUUUUCUGCCGUUUUCACUGAAAAGCAUCUUUGCCUGUGUAAUUGUAUUGGAAAGUAACUAGUAAAGACCUCUGAGAGAUGCCAAAAAAUAAAGGAAAGGGAGGUAAAAAUAGAAGGAGAGGAAAGAAUGAAAAUGAAACGGAGAAGAGAGAACUGGUCUUCAAAGAAGAUGGUCAAGAAUAUGCUCAAGUAACUAAGAUGCUAGGAAAUGGUAGGCUUGAAGCAAUGUGUUUUGAUGGUGUGAAGAGAUUGUGUCACAUCCGUGGCAAGUUACGAAAGAAGGUGUGGAUUAAUCAGGGGGAUAUCAUACUUAUUGGGUUACGUGAUUACCAAGAUGCAAAAGCAGAUGUUAUCUUGAAAUAUACUCCAGAUGAGGCUAGGAACUUGAAGACAUAUGGAGAAUUCCCAGAAACAGUUCGUAUUAAUGACACUGUCACAUUUGUGGAGGAUGGCUUUGAUGAAGAUAUUGAAUUUGGUGAUGAGGUGAGCGACGAAGGUGAAGGUGAUCCUGUGGAUAAUAUCUGAUGUUGGGAGCAGACAGCUGUUUGUUUUCAUUACUCCACUACAAGGGAGAAACAACUCUCCGGAAUGAGUAGACAGUGUAUAAUGCACUUACUCCAUAGAUUCUUGUUACUAAAAUUCAUACAGUCCUUAAACAUUCUUCCUCCCAUCAUAUACCUAACUUGAUGUAUAUUAUACUGGUUUAUGUCUGUUUUAUUCGUAAUAAACAGGACUUCCUAGACUGUGUCAUCUAACUGCUAAGAGUUUCGGUUCUUUUAACCGUAACCUAUGCAAUGGAUUUAUUGUAUAGUGGGAAUGUUGAUUGUUUUAAAUCUUAAAUUAUUAACCAUUCCGGAAGGUAUCCAAACUCUUCUUGGCUAGUUGACAUAGCUCUACACUUUAGAAUAAGAAAUGUUUGUUGUGAAAGUAAUUCCAAAUGUUUUCAGUAACAAAAGCUAGUUCAUAUUUAUACCUCAGUAAAAAAAAUUUUUAUUGCAGUGUAAUCCAAACAUGGUUUAUUUUAUAUAGGGAAUAAUUAAAUUGUAUCAUUAUAUCCAGAAUUACAUUAAUUGAAGUAGGGUAAAAUAAAUUUAAUAUAAUGUUAAUAUUGACAUUUGUAAGAUCUUGAGCUUGCUGUGGAAAGAUAGUGACCUGUGUGUGACUUCCUCUGCUUUUGUUUUUAUUACUCAUAUUGUUUACAGAUAUUUAGCAUCAGACAGUAAAUGUAAUUUGCACAUAAUUUAUUUUUAUGUAAUUUGUGUAUAUAUUGCAUUUUGUAUUGUUUUUCAGAAGAUGCUGCAAAUAAAGGUAAAGGGUUAUACUGUUUAUAUGAAUAUUUUUUUAGUUUUCUUUUUAUUAGGAAUUUUCAUGUAAUCUGUGAAAAACAAAAAUAAAUCAGUCCUACAAUAUUUAUAUUUCACUACUGCCAUUUGUGAAGCCUGUUACAAAUUUGUGGACUUUGGAAUCUGAAUAUUUAAAAUUGGUAUACUUCAAGAGAUGAAUCCUGAGGGGAAUCAUUUUGUAAAUUAAAUUCCAAAUGCAAUCAAAUAUAAAUUUAAUUCCUGCAUAUUCAGUCUCUUCUGCACUGCUUCAAAUAUGGUGAUGCUUAUAACAAGAUCUUUCUUGAAUGUAUGUACUAUAAUUAAGACAAAGCAGGGAAGCAUACCCAUUCAGAGCAGCACGAAGGUGCAUGGCAUGUUUUUUUAACAAAAAUGAGUUGUCAGUAAUGUACAUAUAUGCAGAUAAGAAUGGAAAAUCCCUGCAUUCUAGUAUUUGUUUUGUAUUGACUUUGAAACUUAGUUCUGAAUGAGAGAUGUAAAGCUUGUAUUCAACUGUUCUGAUUAAUCAUACUUUGUGAAAACUAAUGAGAAGUUCUGGGGGAAAAAAUUGUUUUGUCUGCUUUCUUUCAAGUGUGUAUAUUAGAGCUAGCAUUGGCUGGGUAAUUUUGUCUCGGAGGAAUUCACACACAUAGUUAGGUGUCUAGCUGAGAGUUCUUCACCAGUCACUUCCACAUGCAGAUAUGUUAUUGUUAAUCAUUUUUAACCAGAAUUGUAAUGUGUCAAAAUAAAAUUGUAAAAAAAUCA